AUGGCCGAUACUGGACGCAGCCCACGCCCAUCCGCCGGAGGAGUCCGUCAGCGCAAAGGAGGUGCGACCGCCGCCCCAGCCCGCGCUCGCGGAGGAAACAACGGAGGAUUGUGGCGUUUCUACACCGAAGACUCCACCGGACUCAAGAUCGGACCAGUUCCAGUGCUCGUCAUGUCGCUCGUCUUCAUCGCCUCCGUCUUCGUUCUUCACAUCUGGGGAAAAUUCACCAGAACCCGUGCUUAA